ACCCAGUAUUCGCUCUCUGUAUACACGUUAUAUUUGUGUUUCCCUACUUUGCAAACAUUCAAACUUUCUGUAUUCCUUUGACUUACUGCAUUAAGUUAACUGUUCUGCAUUUGGAUCUACAAGAUCUUGUUGAUCUGUAUUAUGCUGUACAUUAGACAAAUAAGUCGUAUUAGGUCAUACAUACAGAAACAAUUGUCACUUCUCCGAGUAAAGACUCAAUACUUAAAUUAAUGUCCCUUCUCCUUGCUGUCAGUAUUACUGAGGAUAAGUAAUACUGUAGCUCAGGUAGAGCUGGUCACCUUCUGAUCGGAAGGUUGGUGGUUCGAUCCGUGGCUCCUCCAGUCUGCAUGUCAAGUGUCCUUGGGCAAGAUACUAACCCCAACUUGCUCUCCGAUGCAUCCAUCCGAGUAUGAAUGUGGGUGAUUGUAGUUAGAAAGCACUAUGUAUAGAGAAAGGGCUUGUGAGACUGGGUGUGAUUGGGUGAAUGUGGCAUGUUAUAUACAGCGCUUUGAGUACCUUCGGGAAAGUAGAAAAGCGCUAUAUAAGAAUCAGUCCAUUUUACCAUUAUUGAAAAGAAGACAAUCACAGAGUUAAAUGUGAGUGACCACCUGAGAGAGGUCACAUGGUGACGGCAGAAAACGAUGCUCACAGUUCUGUUAGAGACAAAGAUUUAAACAGUAAAAUGAGGCUAAAUUUCACUUUAAUCAUCCAAUUAGGGGGGUCAUGUGACUUUAGCGCUUCCUGUGUGCCGAUUCAAAGACUGAAUAAAUGUGAAAUAUAGAUCUUGAUUUUGGGGGGUUUUUCUCUGCUUUCUUUCUAUUAUUGUUGGGUCUUUACCUUGCAGUAUUAUGCACCUUGAGGCAAAUAUUGAUGUGAUUUUGUGAAUUAAGUUAAAUAGAAUUGAUGUAACACUGUACUGAUCCAGUUUCUGUGGCCACCUUAACCUGAAAUGAUCAAAUUGAUUUAAUCAUUGAUCACUUAAUUGAAAGAUUUCAGUCCCAUGUUACCUUCUGCUCUGCUCUUUCUUUCAGCUUCCUCUACAACCCUGAAAACCUGCUGCUGUCUGUACAGCUCAUGUUGUGUUUGUUGUCAUCUCAGUCUGUCAGGUGGAGGUGCAGGAGGGAGCGGAGUUGAUCAAACUGCCCUUUAAAACUACAGCAAACCUGCCUAGAGAUGUUGUAGUAGAGUGGCAAUGUGGUGAAAUGAUGGUCCACGUGUAUGAGAAUGGCUCUGACCAGCCUGAAGAACAGGAUGAGUAUUACAGAGGACGAACUAAGAUGAAUGAAGACAUGCUGAAAACUGGAGACCUCACUCUGACCCUGAAACAACCCAUAGACUGGGACAGUGGAGAAUACAGCUGUGAAGUCAGCAACAGGGAUAACCGCAUGAACAGAAUUUGGAGACACAAAACUGUGCUGCUGAUAGUCAAAGUCCCCCAGGUGGAGGUGGAUUCAGGGGUGGAGUCUGUGCAGCUGCCCUUCAAAACCACAUUUCACCUGCCUGAAGAUGCUAAAGUGGAGUGGAUGGACAUGAAAAACAGAAAGGUCCACGUGUAUGAGAACGGCUCUGACCAGCCUGAAGAACAGGACACGGUGUAUAAAGACCGAACAAAGAUGAAUGAAGAACUGAUGAAAACUGGAGACUUCACUCUGACCCUGAAAUACCCCACAGAUGGAGACAACAGGACCUACACCUGCACUGUCUACAGUAGCGAGGGAAACAUCCUGCUGAAGAAACAAGUGGAGCUGAAAGUCGGAGGUCAGUGCUGUAGAUACAGGUCAAAGGUCAGAGGUCAUGUAGUAGUUUAUUCUCCAAAAGCUGUUAGUUUGAAUCUACUUUCUGUUCAUUUGUUUUGAUCUAAAAGCCUGAAAUGUCAGCUACAAAAAGAAAGUUAUAGCUUGCCUUCAAGACUUUGAAAAGGACAAAAUCAUUGACCGCCUCACAUAUCACCGCCGUUACCCAGGAGAUGCCAUACCCUGCAUUUACGGACUUCCUAAAAUCCACAAGGAAGCUGUCCCACUCAGACCCAUAGUCAGUAGCAUAAACUCAGCCACUUAUAACAUUGCAAAACACCUUGCUACCAUCCUUGCUCCUCUCAUGGGGAACA